AUGCCUUUAACUUCUGACAGCUUUGAGUUUACCAAAAACCUCGUUAUGCAUCGCCCUCCAGGAGUGAAGAGGUCACAUCAUACAUGGCAUUCCCCUACGACUGGCAGAAGCCAUUUCGAGGACUUUAUGCUCGAGAUUGGGGCAGAUCCCCGUGUCGCACAUGUAUGUUGUGUGCCUCGCCCUGAUGUAAUGUCGGCGUAUCACGCAUCAAAAGAAUCAAAAGCGAACUCUAUCGCAAUACACAAGGGGGAUGAUAUACAAUCCCGUCACCAAGAGUAUCACCAUAAGCGACCCUCAAGCAAACCCGAAGUCCGCCGUCUGAGCUCUCAGGCACCCACAAAUACUGCUCUCAACUCUGGGGCAGCUGCGCGCAUGUUGACACGUCUGUCCGUCGCUUCCAAGCCAAAAUCAUCCCAAAGCUCCGUGCCUGAACUUAAGUCGCAUACGACUCUGAGCUUGGAUACGCAGUCAUUCCCUUCCUCGCGGCCGUCUCUUUUGGCUGUAACAUCUGCGCGCGAUAGACUUCAUGCAAUCGCUGGGCAGGAGGAGAUCGUCCGAAGACCCUCUUAUCAUGACUGCAUGUUAUCUGAGGGCCUCCGACCCGUAGAGAAUAACUCUCACCAUCGCCCAUCCAAUGCCCCGCUGUAUUCGUCUUCUACGUCGCGCACGUCUUCAUCCUCCAUGGCCAUGCGCAACAGUCGCCCUCCUUCCUUCACAUCUAUCGAUACUGCUUCAUCGUCCGAAGGACCAGCGACGCCUCGGGCAAACUCUCCCAUACGAUCGCUCGGUCGCGAGCGGGAAGUAUCAUUGGAGAGUCUUGAGCGUACGUCUAGACUUCGUACGCCCACGUCAUGCGUGACCUGCAAGAAGUCCGGAUCCAAUUUUCCCAGCUGCCCAAAGUGCGGUGAUAUGUGGUGCUCCAGACAAUGCAGAAUAAAAGCCUGUAAAGGCGGCAGACAUUCUUCAACUUGUCGUGGAAGAGUUGCAAAUGUCUUCAGUCAGGACGCUUAGUCCGGACUACUCAUUCUCACAUAGUGCAUCGUUAUAUUGUUACAUCUUCACACUCAGUUGCUUAUACCUUAAGACCCGUUUGGCUAUCAUGUGUCCAUGUCAUGCUAUUUAUGCUGCACUUGUCCCAUCCC